AUGCACCACAUCAACUUCCGAAAGGCUGGGGACGGCAGUGGACGUGAUAUGUACAUUGUGAAGGAGCACAUGGUAGAGAACGGCAAGCAGAAUGUGGUGUUUGUGAAUCGGAGCCUUCCGUUCAAGCACCUGGACCUCCGCGGAGCCGUGGCAAAGGACCCCGCGCCGAGGCCUGCAGCCAAAGGGAAAGUCCCAUCCCACCGGCGCGGUGGAAAAGGCUGGCAACCGAGCCUUCACAACGAGGACUAUCGACGGAUCAAAGAAGCCGGCAUGCACACAGCGGGUGGUGCUGCCGGCGCUUCGGCGGCGCUGCCUUCGGUUAGCAGCGAGGCGACGUCUAAGGCGGCCCUCCACAUGUGCCUGAACCAGGUGAACCAAGCGUUGCAGCACCUGCAGAGGGCGUAG